AAGAAAGUGACCACAGCCGAAGCACACACAGCCCUUCUGCACGGCGGGACUGCAACCAAACGGAAUCUUUCACCCCACCACAACUGUUUAAAAACCGGAAGAAGACGCCCAAGCGGAACAGCUCGCAUUUGAGGCAGAAUACACGUAAGGAAUCAUUCUGGACGCUGCUUUUUUUUUUUUUUUUUUUUUUUUUUUUUUGGACACUGAUAUUACGCACGGUGGAUCUAUGAGGACGCUGGCGGGUUUCUCACUCUCGACACCAGACAGAGGGAGCAGGGAGUGAUCCACCCCCCCCCCCCCCCCACCCCCUGCCUGCAGCCCCCAUGCCGGGCAUUAGCAACACCGCGCCUCGUUAUGAAAACUGGGACAUGGACCACCUUGACCACUACCAACAUUAUUUUUAUGACGACCACCACGACCCGGACGAGGAUUUCUUCAAGUCCACGGCGCCCAGCGAGGACAUAUGGAAGAAAUUCGAGCUGGUCCCGACCCCGCCCAUGUCCCCUAUCCGGGCGGUGGAAGGGUCGGGCAGGGUCGGGCUGCUGUGCCCGUCUCUGGGGGACAAGCUGGAGUGGGUCUCUCAGUUCUUGGGGCAGGAGGACGAACAACAGCAGCAGCAGCAGCAGCAGGACCUGCCCUGCAAGCUGACCGCGGCCAAUGACUCCUUCGGGAACCUGAGCUCGAUCAUCAUCCAGGACUGCAUGUGGAGCGGCUUCUCCGCCGGACAGCAGCUGGAGAGAGUGGUAGGGGAGCGCUGCGCCCCCUGUCCCGGGACGACUGGGGCCACCGCCGCCAAAGUCGUGGCCGCGUCCGCAGCCGCGUCCACGGGGAGGGCGCAGUGCGCGCCCGCCGACGCGUCGACCAUCAGCGGACUGGCGGCGGACUGCGUGGACCCAGCUGCGGUGCUCACUUUCCCGUUAACCGGUGGCUGCAAGAAGCGAGAAGUGUCCUCUGGUUCAGAGUCUCACACCGACUCAUCAGAUGAUGACGAUGACAAAGAUGAGGACGAAGAAGAGAUUGAUGUGGUGACGGUGGAGCACAAGCAGCAACGCAAACCUCGUCGGCUGGUCAACGCUCGCAAACCAGUGACCAUAACGGUGCGAGCGGACCCCCUGGACCUCGGCAUGAAGCGUUUCCACAUCUCCAUACACCAGCAGCAGCACAACUAUGCCGCCCCCUCCCCGGACACGCUCCCUGUGCCGGUCGAGCCGCCUCGGAAGAGGGUCCGGCAGGAGGCCUCCUCCCAGCCGCACCAGAACUCUCACUACUACCAGCCCCGGUCCGGCCACGCCCCUCUGAACUUAGACAGCAGGAAGUCUGCUGGAGCCCGGUCCGAGUCGCCCGACCUCAGCGCCUACUCUCCUACCUCCUCCCCGCCACCUUCGUCUCCUCCCUCUUCCUCCUCAACCCCCCACUCCCAUAGCUCCCCCUCGAAGCCCCACUCCUUCUGCCACCUCUCCAGCCCCCAGUCCUCAGACUGCGAGGACACAGACAAGCGCAAGGCUCACAACUUCCUCGAGCGCAAGCGGAGGAACGACCUGCGCUCGCGGUUCCUGUCGCUGCGGGACGAGAUCCCGGGCCUGGCGAACUGCCCCAAGACGCCGAAGGUGGCGAUCCUGACGCGAGCCACCGAGUACCUGCAUCAGCUGCAUGUCAGCGAGCGGCAGAAGGCUCAAGAGAGGAAGCAGCUGAAGUCCAGGCAGCUGCAGCUGCUGCAGAGGCUGGCGCUGCUCAAACGCUCCUGAGCGCGAGCGCGCGCACACACACACACACACGCACACACACACACACACACACUGGACUGGACUACAUGAAGGAGAGGAGACACUAAUGUUCACUUUGAAUUGGUCACGUUGGAAUUGUGCGGGUGGAUUUGUUUUUGUUUUCUAUUUUUGUGGUUUGCACAUUAGCUUCUGAGUGAUUGACAAGGCCGCAAGCCGGACAGGACAGCGAGCUGGGGAGUGAUCGUACGGGGCAAAUUAAUAUGUCCAUGGCUACUCAAUAUAGAUUUGCCCAACUGUUAGACUUCCCCUUGCUGAAAGAAAAACGCUCAAAACUGUUGCUCGCUACGGGAAGGCUCGCUGCGACUGCGGCAGCUUCUAGUUGAUAAACUGCUACAACUGUGCUGUCUAACUGCUGCAUGUUCUAGUCAGACGGUUCCUUGAUUGUGAUGGGGCUCGAUGUCUCCUCUGUCUGUCUUCAGUCUGUCUUCAGUCUAAAGCCCCCCACACACACUCACUCUAUAGUCUCCUUCACAUUUCGUUUUCUCUACAGUCCCCUGCUCCUUAGCGCUUGGCUUACAUACAGCUUGCACAUUUUGUUAUGGAGCUGUGCCUUGAAAAUACGUUGCCACAAAAGGCAUUGUUUGAGAUUUGUCCUAUUCUCUGCAAAAACACUAUAAAGUUCUUUAUUAUUGUUGUGCCAUGGAGACCAGCCAAAAGGUGAAUGUUGGCUUCAAAUUAUCAACCAAAAGAAACUUCGGGAAUGGCUUCAAUUUAAAUCUGUAUGUUUUUAAGCGACAUCAAAAAUGCCAACUUUUGCUUUUGAGAUGAAGCCCAGUGAGUGUAUUUCUUUCAUCUCGCUGUCUGAUAUAUUUGUAUAUUGUUUUGCAUUUGAUGUAAUGCCUAUAGAAGCCUUUCAAUGUACGUAGACUAUCCUGUUGGAUGUUAUGUGUGUAUAUAGUACCCUUACUGUACAGUCCCUUCCAAACCAAAACCAGAGCUGUCUACUAUACUCAUCCUAGUCUUUGUUUGGCCCUGCGUCCUAAACCGGGGCCAGGCUUGCUAGCUUUUCAAAGAUAACUCAAAGCUUCUAUUUUUGUUAAUAAAAUGAUUAUGAAAGAAGA